AUGUCCUUCACCAAGAACCCUGAAGCAGCCUUCUACUUACCUGCCAAUGACUAUGUGCCUAGCUUUCGUGCUGCAAGGGAUUAUUUGGCAAGCCAUGAACCGUUUGCUGACCUCGCGGGCAUCACCCACUAUUUCUCAGAUUCAUCUCUAAACUCAGAAAGCCAUUGCCUCAUCGACAGUCUUUAUGGGCCUCAAAGAGCAGGAAGCACCUCAAGCAAUGAACCAAACACUUUGGGCGAGCUUCGCAAAGCAGACACGGCGAGAUUCAGCGGGUGGUCCCCAGUGCCCGAGAAAGUGGGACAGCCUUUAGACGCGCGAUUCAGCCUUUGGGACUCCAGCGAGAGUGAGAGCUGCAGCAUUCAUGAAUGUUCUCCUCUUCGCUGCACAUCAACACAAUGGACUACCGAGGAACGUGCAGCACAGUGGACAUCAGCAUCUCGCAGGCAAAAAACCUUCCCCGUUGCAUUACGCAGCAGCUGUGUUUUGGAGACUGAUGAAACAGGCGUCUUUGGAUCAUUUUCUACUGAAGACGAUGGAUUCUGUAUUACCAAUGUUUCCCGGUCAAUAGACAAAUUAAUUAGCGACUUCUUGCAGACACCCCGGAGAACCUCGACCCCCCAUGCAGAGCGCAGCACAACGUUCCGCAGUCCAGGCGAUAGUACAGUUGACAAAAUUUCCCCCAUGAGCCCUCUGAAGACAACUUCCGAGGGCUGGGCUGCAGCAGCAACUGCAGCAGCUUUUGCUGCUGCCUCGAUAGAGGAUUCUGAAGGCUCAUCUGUGAGACUGCUGGACUCAGCAACGACGUCGGGAUUGGGGACUGCGUUUAAACUCAAUGCAAGUGAGAUAGAGGCUUUUUUAAGAGCUAAGAGCAAGACAGAAGAAGUUGCUGCGAGGAUUAGGAAAGAAGUUGCAGCGGCACGAGAAUCUACGGGAGACCACAAAAGCAUUCGGCCGCGGUCUCCUUUGGCAGGGAAGAUGCUCGGAAAAUCUCUGGUGCCAGGAACUUUCUUCAGGCCGUCCCAGACCGCUAGCAUGAAAUACUCCACGUCCUUUAAGGAAUGCGUAUCGAGAUGCCGGAGAAUUGUUCAAGGGUCGGACGCAAGACCCUUUUCAGCUCUUAGGUCAGUCAGCAAUAACAAAGGCAGCGCAAGGCUUCCCGCUAAAAGCCGGUGCAGCUCCGAGAAGUCUAACACAGUACGGCGAAAGGCAGGCAUAGUUGGACCAGCUAGCGACCUUUCUGCACUGGGGAAGAAACUGCAGCCCGUAAUGAUCAAGCGUCGAGGCUGCUCAUCAAAGUUGGGGAUUGAAGGCAACCCAGCAGGAGCUCCAGGGACGAGCACUUCCAUCUCAUCUGGGGUUCUGGCAUCCGCACCGCCCAAAGACGAGGCACUUCACUCGCUGAAGCUCGAAUCAGCCGAUUCAGGGCCCCAUACUGUAAGUGAUGAGCCGCAUCUAUGGGACUACGGCGAAGCUCGCCGCUGUCCCAGCACUCUUUCAACAAGUUAUCAAACAGACCCGAUACCUGAGGAUUCAGGAGCAUCUCUAACCACAAAACGGGCACUUCUUUUCACCCCAUCUAAAGCUACUUCACCAAGGAGCCGAAUGCAAGAGGCGGAAUACUGCGCUGCUGCACCUACUUCACCUUCUGCAAGUGCUGCAUCUAGACUCCAAGAGGGUCCAGAACAGUCAAAAUCGUCAGCUAUAUCAACGACUGCAAGUAUAGCAGCACCAAAUGUGGCUUCUGAUUCAGCAGUUCUACCUCCAUCAAGUCCAUCUGCAGCAUGCACAGAGCCAAAGACACCGGAGGAAGCAAUUGGCUUGUUUGCUGGGCUUCGAAGUGGGUUACACCCUGCUGUUGACAGCAGGUCAGUAGACAUUCCUGGUGAAGGUGCGUUCAUUGCGACUCCUGCUGAGCCACGGGGAACACUCUCACAAAUUGCGGCACUUCGUCAUCUCGCCCGCAUCAUCAGUAAGGCUUUGAGCACUGCAACUAUUAGGCAGCUGCGCAACGGUGCACGUAGGUUCCUGCGGAGGUGUCAAGGAAACCAUAAUAAUGGAGAAGAGCCCUCAGUGGACACGAAAUCAAAGGAUGCACCGACACAACUGAAUAGGAUGACUCAUUUCCUCAAGCCAGUGCCCAACGAAGCCGGCACGAAUAAAAAACAGAGUAUUGAUUCUUUGUCUGAGCAAACUGGCGAGAAGAACUGUUGGGCACUCGAUAGCUCAAAGUUGCAAGAAUGCUCAAGUACAACUACCGAAAGCACUGGUAGACUAGUAAGCGCUGUCAGACCUCGAGAUGCCGACGGAGCUAUCAGCAGUAAUGUGUCUUCUCAGAAAGGCCUCCUGUCUCCUCCUGAAGAGGAACCUGAGAUCUGCAUAAAGCACAAUUUGCCAUUUUGUGGAGUAAGAAAUACAGUAGGCUCUAUUCACGACUCAGCAGUCCGCCAUGGUGAGACUCGGGACGUUCAAAAUUUUGAGGUCUUUCCACAAAACUCACCUCAUGUGGAAGACCUCGACGGUGCUGUUGAAAUAGCCUCUCACCAGGCUAAUCUAAGUUGCUCACGGGCUCCUAGUCCUAUAGCGUUGACAGACGUCAGCGCGGCGCUCGUCGCAGCGGACAGAGUGCUGACCACAGCGGAUUCUACUGCAGCAGAAGCUGCACCACUAUCUGCUGGAGCUGUAAACGUGCAAGACGAGCGCAAGGACGCUUGUCAGCCCGUGCGCUUAACAGAGCAACAAGCAGACAGCAAGCAGCGGCCCGUGCUGUCCGGAUACAAAAGCGUUCUAGAGCACCACUAUGAAGAUAGAAUCUCUGAAAGUGAACGAGCGCCGGUGUGCAAUCUGUCCCCUUAUUUCGUGGAUGAAGAGGAAAGUGCUUUCACUAGCAGAGGGCCAUCUGAAACUUUCCAAAAGAGACCGAGUACUCGAAUGGUGAAACUGGAGCCAAAGAAACAAUGCGAACCCGUAUCGCAUGAGGAAGGCUGCCACCGGGAACCGCCGCAAGGGGCUUCUGAGGAAAAAGGGGAGGACAGCAAGCGCACUACCACUACUCAGAUGGCGCAUUCAUUGACCGACACGUAUGGCGAAGUAAGCCUUUGCUGCUCAGUUGUGCAAAAGUCGAUGAUGGCAAGAGGUUCUGAAGUCUCGAAAAACACAAUUCGAGGUGCUGGUGGGAAUCAAGAUAAUUCGGCGUCCGAUGAUAUCCCAACAUCGCGAGAAAAUGUUUUGAUGCCAGCAAAUAUUCUAACGUGGAAAGUAGGACACGGCGCAGAGUUCACAGUAAAAUCACCAGAGGCUUCCUCAAAACGAGUGUACUAUGAGGCGCGCACAUUUUCAAAUCCGCAUAUAUACCAUAACCAAUCCCUCCUAUGGAUGUCACAGAGCACUAAUUCGUGCUGCUUCCAGGGAACAAGUGUCGAGUCAUCAAUAAGGCGCAGCAGCUUUGAUAUACAAGAGAAUGUUUCAGUCAGGUGCGGCGAAUGCCUACCAUUAGGCAAACGUAUGGAAUUAGAGGGAGGCGAUUCUGAAGCAGUUGCACUUUUUGCCAAGCAUUCAAAAGAGAUGUUACAGCCGCUGAAAAAUUCUGAAAAGUUUCAGGAAGAACAACAGGGACUGCAGAGAAACAAAUGCUUUACGCAGUAUCUCCAGCAUGAGUUGGAAAAUCUGAGACAGCAGCUUAGUGCUCAAAGAGAAUUGAUGAGCCGUCUAAUUAUGCAGUAUGAUUCUGGCCCAUGCAGAGCUCAGCUGUGCUCCGCUUCAUACCAGCAAAUCUCCAGCAUGCGUCGCUCGGAGGAAGUCCACAAUAUGCAAAUGAUGGAGCAGGAGGUCCCCAUGCACGGAGAGGGGGAAAGUUCGUUGCAUUCACCACUCCAAGACUGCCAGCAUGCAGAGGUUAAGGCCGAACCGCAAAUGAAAGAAUCCGAGCCAAAAGGGGCUUUACACGCAGAAGUCUACAAUGUGGAAAUGAUGGAGCAGGAGGUCCCCGUGCACGGAGAGGGGGAAAAUUCGUUGCAUUCACCACUCCAAGACUGCCAGCAUAUAGAGGCUGAGGCCGAACCGCAAAUGAAAGAAUCCGAGCCCAGAGGGGAUAUACACGCAGAUCAAGAUCUUGUAGAAAUGACCGCUGGAAUGCAACAAGGCCCUCACGACACUGCUGUGCCCAGAGCUCACCAACAGCUUCCUCCCAGGUCUUCAGAUGUAGGAUCUCAGGAGCACCUAUACCAGGGUCUGGACCACGCGUCUAGCCGUGAAGCAGGCGAGGAACAAGAAGUGUCUUGUGCAGCUCGUAUUGCCUUGGUGUCACUAAUUAAGCGCGUGGAAGCUCUUAAACGGCGCUUUGCGCAACCUUCUACCAUAAAACUGCCCAAUGGAACUGACGCAGGCAACAAAAAGCAACCGGACGAGCGAGUCGAAGCACGCAGCACACGACAAAAUCCACUUUACUACAUGAACCCCAAGCAACGGGUAAAGGCUCAUAUUCAAUUCCGAAUGCGCAAGCAGAAGCUACAGCACCCCCAGACAAAGUUGUUGCCUGAGCUGUACGUUGUGGGAAAAUCAAUGGCGAGCGGGACUUUGAAGACUGCAGGAGCUUCAAAAGCGACGCUUACACCAGAUAAUCACCCACAAGCAUUUGCACUGCCUAAGAGAACACGCUUCGGGGCAGAAAAAUGCGGGGGCCAGGACACUUGGCCUCCACCACCUAUGGAGCAGCGGCAAUUUACUAUGCCAACAAUCCCCGUUGAGCAGAAUGAAGUGACUCAUGGGCUGCCCUCCGCCGCACGCUUGGGUUUGCAAGGCGAACGUUUCAGUCUUGCCACGCCACCGCAAAGCGCACAUUCUUCAUAUUUUCCAGAAGAAGUGAAUAAGAAUGCACUACAGGCUGCUAAUCAUCCAACGGAAGCUCGAGGCACUACUUGUAGGGGACGCCAUACGGAGGGAAAAUUUUUUGCAGAAAAGGGUGACUCAGGAGCCCUACAGGAGAGGUCUUUUUCUCCUACAAUGAACAGCCAAGUGCGUGAUGAUGCUAGAGAUGACAGCAUUGCCGGCAGCAGCUGCUGUAUGACGUCAGCGCAGAUGAAACUUUGCUGCUGCGGUGCUAGUUCCAGCCAAGUACCAGCGCAGGCGACGACACUGACAUCUCAGGCUACACUGUUGCAGUUUCGGCCCGUUGUUUCACCUUUGAGUUCAGCUCAUGCGGAUGUAAUGAAAACGAAGAAGCACAAAGCUUUCUACAGCAAACACAGGUGUCCGGAGACGUUAACUGGUGCAGCUGCCUCUCUCUCUGGCAGGGUGGUGAAGAUGAUGGUAGCUAAAUCGCGUCUGAUACAACAGCAGGCACAGUCACAAAACUUCUUGCAUGCCUCUUCGUCGAACGUUACAUCUGCGGAAAAUGUGGGAUUUCACCUAGAGGAAGCGAUCCCGAUCGUUGAUGCUUUGGAGGAAAGAGCAUUUCCUAGAGAAGACCGCAGCAACUUGGCUGAUUCACGGACCCCGGGGCACGAAACAUCUGGCCAACAAGUGGAGACCGAAAUACAACGCAUUCAUCAAAAACAGAACAGACCCUGCUGCUACGUUCCACUAACUUCACAGCGCUGUCCUCUGCUCGUCCACUCUGGAUGUAGUGGCUCCAACAAGCAACACCAAGGGAAAGCAAUGGAGCAGAAGAAAAACACGAGAGUAGAAGAGCUCCCUUUGGCCGCUGCAUCGCCUGCAUAUUCGUGCCACCAAGCUCAAGAAAGGUCAUCAUGCCAGGAGGUUACGGAGACACCUCAUCAACGAGCCCGCAAAAGACGAGAACGUCAGAUCGCGCUUGCUUGCAACGCGACGAACGAGCACCGUGCGAAGGGACCGAAGACCCAUGCAGAGGGGAAAAUCGCGAAGCAGCAACGGCGUUCUAUCUCCAUCGGAAGGGCACACAGUGACACAGCUACUGCGCAUACUGUUGCUGCAUUCUACCACACAUUACUCAAAAAAAGCGCAUUCCAACAACUGCAUAUGGAAGCCACUAGUGUCGCUGCACUGAUACAGCAGCACGAUUCACGGCGAGCCACAGACUUGAUGGCCCGAUGCUUUCAAUCCUGGAGGGUUGCAGUGCUUCGCAAAACCGUAAUUACCCACGCAGCGGCAAUCGGCAAGAUGCACCAGCGCCAACAUUUCUGCAACGCUCUGGCAAAGUGCGCAAGCUUUAUAUUGGCCCGCAACGUGUUGGCACACCUGAGGCAGCUGGCUGAGCAAUCAGUUGUUCCAAGAAGAAGGGUCCUUUGUCGGACGGCAAUCCGUGCACUACAAGGCGCUGCUACACUACAGGCUACGGAAGAGGAGCAUGAGGCGGUCGAGAAAUUGCAACGAGCCGCUCUUAGGCGACAUAUACUGGCCUGGUACCAAGUGAAAACGCGAACAGCGAUUGACCGGGAAAAGCAAUGCCGCCAGCAGCAACAACACAAGGACAAGCUCCAACAAGUCAAGAAGCAGCUGUGGGCAAGAGCUCUCAGACAUAUGGCGGACUAUGAGCGCGCAUGA